AUGGUGAUUGGUUUUCUUUCAGCAGUCGUCAUUUUCCCAUUUCCCCAGAUUUAUCUCGCUCCAAUAUUAACUGGAAAAGUAAGUUUUGUUGGGUGGAUAUGCAUAGCUUGUGUCUACCAUUUUUUUCUUUGUUGUGUUCCGCUUGGUGAUGAUUCGGUAUCUUUGUCUGCCGAUCUACGUGCUUUUGUGCCUUUAUUUUCUCAUUUAUGUGUGAAAAGAGCAUUUCUGCUGGAAAUUGUCCUUUCUUUGUGUCAUAUGAACCCAUUUUGGAAGGCUCGAUGUCAACUGCCUGUGUUAUUUGUAUGUCGUACAGAUUGGGGUAAAUGCUCCUUUCAGCUGACAUCAUAUUUGGUUGGUGACAUUUCUCCCGAGUCCAUUGUAGUAUAUGGUGUGGUUCCGGACCAAGAUGUGGACCCGAUGAUUUCGAUACCCGAGUCUCUCGUUACACUUCCAGGGUUUGGGCCGAAUGUGUUUUCCAUUGAUCAACUUCUGGAUAUUUCUUGUCUUGUGAUUGGUUCUUCUCAUGUUGGUUCUUCCAGCUCAGUAGGAGUGGUGCCCCUAGAAAUUGGCUCUCCUGAUCGGAAGCAUAGGCGGCUCCUUUUGCCCGAUCAGUUUAAGCAGUUUUUACAUGAAAUUUACCAGGUGGGCCAUCGUUGUGCUUCUCCUUUAUCUUUGGAUCAUGUUGCCCUUAAACCAAUUGAUGGGUGCCCUUCUUGCGUACUCUUUGAGGAAGAAUUGGACGAUGCAUGUCGCUUUAUAGCCCGUGCUGAAAAAAUAAAUUUCUACCGUACUUGGGCGGGAUCUCAAGUUUUUUGA